UAGUCACAAAUUUCACGUGUAACUUUGUCCUUUGCCCGCUCACCUGGCGCACCUGAGCUCGGCCUGCUAGGUGUCCGCUGGCUGCUGCCUGUGCACGUUUAGAGGUUUGCAGUAAACAAAUCAGUGCCUGGUGACAAUACCUGGACCUCUCUAACAAUGUUUCUGUCAGGUCAUACCUAGUGUUCAAAUGGACAGUCGACAGUGAAAACCAUCGCAGUUUGGAUCUUCAUGUCCAGAGAGAUAUUCAUCUUGCAAGAAGCUAAAUUUGACAUCGUCUUCGUGUUCUAACAUCUCUGCUUUAAAAUAGGUGUAAGUAAUAAUAUUCGUGGAUACCAAUCGCUAUAAGCAAAGUCAGGCUAGCUCUCAGACUCAUACAUCAUCCGAGUGAACUUUAAAAAAAAAAAACUCUUGCAAACAUGAAAGUGUGGAUGGCUGCCCUCAUUUGUCUUCUCUUCGUUCCUGCUCUUCUCAUCCUGUACGUCAGUGUGGAGAUGCUCCUAGACACCAACAAUGAAUUCGAUCGGACAGUAAUGAAUGUUCAGUUAUAUGUAGGACCAUCCACAAGGUCUGUAACGGGUCUUUGGAAACCGAUGCCAAAGAAAGGUGUAGCUUUCUACAAAAGAAAUAGGCCUGGAGUACAACAGUUCCAGAAAAGCGAGAAGAGUCGUGAUGCACAGUUUGCAGAACAAAAGGCAGGUGUUCAGAGCAAACAGGAUAUUUCUAUAGAGAUGAAUAAAAAACAUCCUAGCAACAGUUCUUAUUACACUGGUCAGCCUGGAGAGAAACUCGUCAAAAUUCCGUUUUUCGUGGAUUCUCGGGAUCCUGACGGACCAGGUGAGGGAGGCGAGGCUGUACAGGUGAACGUGUCUCAGCUGAGCUCGGAGGAGAAAGCUCGAUACGACGAGGGCUGGCGCCACAACAGCUUCAACCAAUACGUCAGCGACAUGAUCAGCGUGCACCGCAGCCUGCCUGACGCCUGGAGUCCAGAGUGCAAGAAAAGGAAUUUUCGAACAGACCUGCCGGAAACCAGCGUCAUCAUUAUCUUCCACAACGAGGCCUGGUCCGUCUUACUACGCUCGGUACACAGUGUGCUAUCGCGGACACCCACCCACCUUCUGCGAGAAGUGAUUCUGGUGGACGACUUUUCAACUAUGGAUCAUCUCAAACGACCUCUGGAUGAGUACUGGAAGGACAACCCACGAGUGAAGAUUGUGCGCGCGCAGAAGAGGGAGGGACUAACCCGCGCGCGCCUUCUUGGAUACAACGUGGCGACGGCACCAUUGCUUGUCUUUUUCGAUUCACACAUCGAGUGCUACCCAGGCUGGUACGAGCCCUUAGCAGACCGCAUCACCACCAACCCCACAGUCAUCGCCUACCCUAGCAUCGAGGUCAUCGACGAUAACACGCUUCACACGAUCCCGAACCACAACGUCGAUGUCAAAGGCGUCUUCCGGUGGGGAGACCUCUCCUUCGCCUACGCUCCUCUCACGGACGACGAACGAAGAGCGAGGACAUCCCCCAGUGAUCCCAUCAACUCCCCUACAAUGCCCGGUGGUCUGUUUGCCGUUGACCGAGACUUCUUCACCAAACUGGGUACCUAUGACCCGGGGCUGGCCUACUGGGGUGGCGAAAACCUGGAGCUCUCAUUCAAGGCUUGGAUGUGUAACGGCUCUGUGGAGCUUAUUCCGUGUUCGCACGUGGGUCAUAUCUUCAGAAAGUCCAACCCCAUCAAGUGGAUGACAUACCUGGGCGUGACCAACGUGGCCAGGGUAGCCGCUGUCUGGAUGGACAAGUACGCCAACUACUUUUUGGAGCGCAACGUGUUCAAAGUGGGUGACUACGGGGACGUCUCCGAGCGUCAGAGGUUGCGUGAGAGCUUGCACUGCAAGAGUUUUGAUUGGUUCAUGAAGAACAUCAGUCACAUGAAGGACCCGUAUGUAGAGGUUGUGCACGCCGGCGAGCUCAUAUGCAAAGCAUCAGGUCUUUGCUUGGACAGUCUGGCGCACAACCAUGGCCAGCCUCUGCUGUACACCUGUCACAAACUGGGAGGAAACCAAUUCUGGUAUAUAUCGCGUGAUGGGCAAGUGUUUCAAGACAAUCUGAAAGUAUGUUCCAGAAGCCAGACUGAUGUCAUUAUUGACAGCAACUGCCGGGACACUUGGAAUUUGACACAGGACGAACAGCUUCUGAACAUCCCCACCAACCGGUGCCUGGAGGGAGGGGCAACCACUGGAAAAGCCAACGACCAGAGGGCCGUGACCUUACAACCUUGCGAUCCCGACAAUCCCAGACAGAAAUGGAAGACAACUCCUCGAAGAACAGACGUCGAUUUCCCAAGAUAUUCCUAGGCGAAUUUUGAACCGAUCACUCAUUUCUUUUGCAUUAAAAAACUUAAUUUUUAACUUCUCA